GGCGGGAUCUGUCUGCGAGGAUGACCCAAUUGUACGCAGCGCAGCGCGUACAACGUUUUGACGUCCACGAACUUCAGCACCGUCAAUCUCCCUUUUCCCACAAUCCACAGCGGUUCCUCCACAUUUGGAUCUUGUUCUCUUGAGUGUCAAACCCAAGAUGGCACUUCACCGGUUAUUCCAGCUGUCCUCUGUACUGCGCUCCGCCGUGAGCCUGACCCUCCGCAGGAACAUCGGCAUCUCCGCUGUCCUCUUCAACCGGGCCAAGGAGCUAGACCCCGUCCAGAAACUGUUCCUGGACAAGAUCCGUGACUACAACACCAAGAGCAAGACUUCUGGUGGCAUUGUGGAUGCAGGACCCGCUUACCAGAAGAACCUGUCUGAAGAGGUAACCAAACUGCAGAGGCUAUAUGGCGGAGGAGACCUCACCAAGUUCCCAGACUUCAAAUUCACAGAGCCCAAGUUCGAUGAAGGCGCCAAGUGAAUGCUGUCCAUGUUGUAUAUCUCCUACAUGUCACCAAUACGUUGUAUUUAAUAAAAAGAUAGUGGAAUGAACUGUGGUGCACUGCCCAUCAAUGAGGUUGAUUCUGCAGCACCUGAACAUUUGUUAUAAUUUAGUGAUGCUACAACAAUAACUGUAUCCAAAUACAUUAUACAAAUAUUUUUAAUGGUCAGUCAUUAAAAUAUUUCUCACAUUA